AGUUGAAAAUCCUUUACAUUGAUCAACCCAGUUACGUUACUAAGGGAUCAGAAGUUCAUCUGACAUGCGUACUGAGUGGCGGAAACCAUCCUCAUAUAACCUGGAUCAGACCACGAAAUUCUCUACCAUUACAUGCUUACACAAUAAAUGACGAUAUGACUCUAGUUAUUCCAAACUUCACCAAUUCUGAGUCUGGUGAGUAUCUAUGCGUGGCAUCCGAUGGUCAACAAUUUGUGAAUCAUGCUUUCAACUUGACAAUUACUGCUGGCCAUUCAUCCCAAAUUCCAACAACAAAGUUACCUAUAACAACUACUAUUUCAAAGACAACACCAGCAACCGCAUUAGCGGGAGGACCGCCCCAUGUCAUUUUAAUUGAUAUUAAGCCAAAAAUUAUUCAUUUUGGUGACAACGUCACAGCCACCUGUCAUGUUAAAAGUUACCCAAAGUACGACAUCAUCAAUUGGGAUGUUAAGACAAGCGAGAUACCAACAAACAUCGAAGCCAUUUCUGGGAAUUAUUCUGCACUGCUUCGCAUCAAUAACUUUCAGAGGAUUAAUGAAGUUCCUUAUAGAUGUAGUGUAAAGAAUUCUUUCGGGGAAGACUCUAGAAUUGUGAAUAUUCUUUCUUCACAUUGAUUUCGAGGAAAGGAACUUUAAUGAA